GCCCGCCGGGUUCCGGGCGUCGCGCUGGCGGCCCCUGCUGCCCGGAGGUCCGCCGAGCCUCCGAGCUCCUGCGGCCUGGAGAAGCGUUCGGUUCGGCUCGGCUCAGCUUGGGGCGCCUCCCGCUCCUCAUCUCCAGUAUGGCGAUGCACAACAAGGCGCAGGCACCGCAGAUCCCGGACACCCGGCGGGAGCUGGCCGAGCUGGUGAAGAGGAAGCAGGAACUGGCGGUGAGCGCGGAGACUUUGGCAAACCUUGAGCGGCAGAUCUAUGCCUUUGAGGGAAGCUAUUUGGAAGAUACUCAAAUGUAUGGGAAUAUCAUUCGAGGAUGGGAUCGUUAUUUAACCAAUCAGAAAAACACCAACAGUAAGAAUGAUCGAAGGAACAGGAAGUUUAAAGAAGCAGAACGUCUCUUUAGCAAGUCCUCUGUUACCUCAGUAGCAGCAGUCAGUGCUUUGACUGGUGUCCAGGACCAACUGGUGGAAAAACGUGAACCAGGCAGUGGGACAGAAAGUGACAAUUCACCAGACUUCCAGAACCAGGAGAACGAACCCAGCCAGGAGGACACUGAGGAAUUGGAUGGGUCGCACCUGCAGGGCGUGAAACCUCAGAAAGCAGCCUCCUCUACCUCAUCCAGCAGUCACCAUGGGAGUCACAAGAAAAGGAAAAAUAAAAACCGUCACAGCCCAUCUGGCAUGUUUGAUUAUGACUUUGAGUAAGUUUGCUUUCUGUCAGUAUAUGUGCUGUCUCUUUUCCAGUAUUCCCCUUUACUGUGAUGUGUAGACUGUAGACAUUUAUGGAAGUAUCUUUGCCAGUAGCUUUAGGAUUGAAUACUCACUGAUACAUAAUUGUAUAUAGAUUACCAAACACUAAAUUCGUCUUGUGUUCAGGAUAUAUUCUGUGCAUAAGGAUUAUAUAAUACUGAAUGAACUUUGUAUUAAAUCCCUAAUAAAUGGUUAUCAAUCAUUGAGAUUUAUGAGGAAGUGUAGAAACCUCUGCUGGUGAGCAGAAUAUGUGUCCAAGCUGUGUACUGUUUGCAUUCCAUAGUUGUUUCAUCUCACCAGUAAUGCAUGUAUUUCAGCAUUGAUCAGUGUGUUUUUCAUAAUUCUGCAGCUUUGAAAAAUGCCAUAAAUACCCUUCAGUAAGUUAAGUAAGAACAUCCUUAUAGAAAAAGACAGAUAAGCACCUUAAUGUAAAUCACAAAGCAAGCAGGACUGUGGAUAUUAAUAAUUUCCCACAAAUCCUUAAGUUAGGUCUUUUUCAUCUUUAUUUGAACUUGAAUGAUACAGAUUACAAAUAAAAUCCUUGGGUAUAAAAUGGUUUAUUGAAGAAUUUUGUUUCUAGUGUGUAUCAUUUUGAUAUUUAAGUUUGCAUAGAAAGUAUAUAAAUAUUGGAAUCUGUGUCUAGAUAUGUGAGCAUGUAUAAAGUUGUAUUUUAUCAUUUUGCAUUUCAAGUUGAUACCAAUUAGCAUGAUUUUCUGUGGCACUUUCAGUGUAUUGGUUGGAUGUCUUAAUACUUUGCCCUGGAAAGGAGCACCUUAAUAAAUAGCCAUUUCGAGAUGAAUUUAAAUAUUUAGUACCUCUACAAAUUUUGCUAUUUUAGACACUGUCAGCUACAGCUGCUAUCAUUGAGAUCCAAAUAACCGUUAUGCAUUCGCAAAAUGAUUGAAUGAGUUUUAUUGGUUUUCUGGUGUAUAUACAGUAUGUCCACUACUCAUCAUUUGACAGUGAACCAAAUUCGCCAAGUUGUAGUGUAAGAUUCAAAAUGAGAUCAAAUAGGAACAUUUUAGUCUAUGAUUCCAACCUCCAGCAAUGGCCAGAUGACAUUAAGUUUCCUUUCUUCUUCUCCUGUGUGCUACUUUUUCAACUCUUUGGCUUUAGUCCUGUCAGUUUCAGAAAAUGUAAAGCAUAACAACUUUUGGCCCUAACUAUAAAUUUGAUUUAUAUAAUUGACAGAAUUUAUCAUAUUCUCUUCUCUCAACAUUGUGACCCAACUUUCGAUUUCGAAAGGUGACAAUGAAAUAGCUUUAAACAUUAAGUUUGUGCAAGAUGCUGUUUUAGUUCCAGGGCUGGUAAGAGGCCAAGAAAUAAACUGAAAUAGAAUAACCAUUUAAAGAGAAACAAGUUAUAAACUGAAAUAAAUGCUUUGAUGUUCUGGUUGUUGCUGUUAAUAUCAGUGGAUGGUAAGUGUUGUGAUUUUUCAAGUAACAGUGUCAAAUAUUCUUAUUUU